GCCAUGAUCGCGUCGUGCCUGUGUUACCUGCUGCUGCCGGCCGCGCGCCUUUUCCGCGCCCUCUCAGAUGCUUUCUUUACAUGUCGGAAAAAUGCCCUCCUGGCGAAGAGCUCGUCCACCCAGGUAGACGGCGACUUUGCCAUGGCCCCUCGGGGCCCUGACCAGGAGGAGUGUGAGGGCCUGCUGCAGCAGUGGCAAGAAGAAGGGUCAAGCCAGGCACUCUCAAGUGUGAGCGAGGGUCUGCUUGUAGAUAAGGGAGUAGCCGAGAGCAGCCUGGCGCACCUGAUGGAUAAUCCUGGAGAACAGGAUGCUGCUUCAGAAGACAAGUGGUCCAGCAGGCAGCUGAGUGACCUGUGGGCACCAGAGAACCUGGAGGAGCCUUUCCCUGAGGUGCUAGGAGAGGAGCCACUGCCAGAGGUCGAGGGCCCAAUGUGGGCAGAAGUCCCGGUGCAGACCGGCCCCCAGUAUGCAGACUGUGCUGUCUCCCCAGUGGGUGCCCUGGCUGCAGAGCAGUGGGAAGAGGACCCCGCAGUGGUGGCCUGGAGCAUAGCACCGGAGCCUGUGCCCCAGGAAGAGGCUCCCAUCUGGCCCUUUGAGGGCCUGGGGCAGUUGCAGCCUCCCCCAAUGGAAAUCCCAUAUCAUGAAAUCUUGUGGCGAGAAUGGGAGGAUUUCUCCACUCAGCCAGAUGCUCAGGGCCUGGAGGCAGGGGAUGGCCCUCAGUUCCAGUUCAGUCUGAUGUCCUAUAACAUCCUGGCUCAGGACCUGAUGCAGCAGAGCUCAGAGCUCUAUCUGCAUUGCCAUCCAGACAUCCUCAGUUGGAACUACCGCUUUGCGAAUCUCAUGCAGGAAUUCCAGCACUGGGAUCCCGAUAUCUUGUGUCUCCAGGAAGUCCAGGAAGACCAUUACUGGCAGCAGCUGGAGCCCUCUCUGAGAACGAUGGGCUUUACCUGUUUCUACAAGAGGAGGACCGGGUAUAAGACAGAUGGCUGUGCUGUCUGCUACAAGCCCACGCGAUUCCGUCUGCUCUGCGCCAGCCCUGUGGAGUACUUUCGGCCUGGCUUGGAGCUCCUCAAUCGGGACAAUGUGGGCUUAGUAUUGCUGCUGCAGCCACUAGUCCCAGAAGGCCUGGGGCAAGUCUCAGUGGCCCCCUUAUGUGUGGCAAAUACUCACGUCCUGUACAACCCACGUCGGGGCGAUGUCAAGCUAGCCCAGAUGGCCAUUUUCUUGGCUGAAGUGGACAAGGUGGCCAGGUUGUCAGAUGGCAGCCACUGCCCCAUCAUCUUGUGUGGGGACCUGAAUUCUGUCCCUGAUUCACCUCUUUACAACUUCGUCAGGGAUGGAGAACUCCAGUACCAUGGGAUGCCGGCCUGGAAGGUAUCUGGGCAGGAAGACUUCUCCCAUCAGCUUUAUCAGAGGAAGCUGCAGGCCCCACUAUGGCCCAGCUCCCUGGGCAUCACUGAUUGCUGUCAGUAUGUCACCUCCUGUCACCCCAAGAGAUCAGAGAAACGUAAGUAUAGCCGAGACUUCCUGCUACGUUUCCGCUUCUGCAGCAUCGCCUGUCAGCGACCUGUAGGACUGGUUCUUAUGGAAGGAGUGACAGAUACUAAGCCAGAGCGACCUGCUGGCUGGGCCGAGCCUGUCGUUGAGGAAGACGUAUCUGAGCCUGAGCCUGACUUCCCCAGGACUGUAGGCACCAUCCAGCACUGCCUCCACCUGACCUCGGUAUAUACUCAUUUCCUGCCCCAGCAUGGCCGCCCAGAGGUCACCACAAUGCCCUUGGGUCUUGGAAUGACAGUAGAUUACAUCUUCUUCUCAGCUGAGUCCUGCGAGAAUGGGAACAGAACUGAUCGCAGGCUUUGUCACGAUGGAACUCUCAAGCUCCUGGGCCGGCUCUCCCUCCUCUCUGAAGAGAUUCUCUGGGCUGCCAAUGGCUUACCCAACCCCUUCUGCUCUUCAGACCACCUCUGCCUACUGGCCAGCUUCGAGAUGGAAGUCACCGCCCUAUGACGGUCUCCCAGGGGAAGAGAGCUUCUCUUCCAGAAGAGCCACCUGGAUCAGAGACGGUGGAAAUAUCCCAUGCUUCUGGAAACUUAGAUCCAAGAAACUUACAUCCCCUCCCCUCCCCUCCUUGUUUCCUUUCUCCCAUGGCUAGAUUUCCUCCAGGCCUGUCCACAUUCUCUGCCUGUGGCCCCUGCCCCAGCCUCUUCCUAAACCUGUGCCACAUACUGGGUGGCCCUGGGAGAGGCAGAAGGGGGGGUUCCCCCUUCCUUCCAUGUAUCCAGUGCUCCCCCUUGAUUUUUAAUCACCAGGGUUGCAGGAGCUAUUGAUCUCAUUGGUUAUUUGUAUUCAGGCCGUUUCUUGGUGGGGUGCCUUCUGACCUGACCUUCUCCCUGCCU